UACGCUGUCUUUCAAGUCAGUUCAAGGGUAAAGCAGACAGCCCUCUGCGCCUGAGCAGUUUUCAAAAACCAACAUCCGUCGCAUAAAAAGCUAGCUUUGCACUACUGCAAGUCACUCUACUUUGACUUAAAACAGAUUCAAGCCUACAGUGUAUUCGACAAGAAACUUACGAUGGUCUUCGGUAAGCUAUUCUCUUCGUUCGCAAUUUGCACCUCGGUGUUGUCGUUGUUGGUUUUCUCGCCGAAUCAGCAGCUCUCGCUCGUUUCCGCCCUUCCCACCGGCGCCGGUGGUUGUGCCCGCGAUGACGCCGGCUCCACGAAUACUGGUGCGCACAAUUUUCGUCCCGUUACGACAGGACUACUCUCCGACAAGGGACUCCAAGUCUUCAUUAGUCCGUCUGCCACCGAUCCGUUGGCAGAUGGUUCCAUCGAAUUGGAACAAGACGGGAGCCCUACUCUCCAACUUGGUGUUAGAUACUGGGUGCAUCUGGUCCAACCGAACGGUGUCGAAGAGGGCUUCCGCGGCUUUUUGUUCCGUCUCGAAAGCCAGAACGGUGUUGACACCACGGCCGCCUUGUCCGCCCCCGACACUGACCCGGAUGCCCGUUUAGCCGCCGAGACCUGCAUUAGUGUGAAUAAUGUCGGUGGCGUCACGCAUAAGGCGCGGGAGUUCGACCAAGAUCCCCUGACGGAGGCCGUCGCGUUGCUCGUCUUGGACGAAGCCGAUGAAGAUAUGUUCUUCGACGUAACCGCCGUCAUUUGGAAUCGCGAACUAGCCGAUGGAACACCCACUUCGGAAUACUACUAUACGCCCUAUCUCUUGACGGCUGCCGAAGCCGCGCCCGGUGAGGCGGAGGCUACUCCCACUACUGCUCCCGGUGAGGCGGAGGCUACUCCCACUGCUGCUCCCGGCGAGGUGGAGGCUACUCCCACUGCUGCUCCCGUCAUGGGAGAGCCCGCUCCCACUGCUUCUGGAACCCAGGCAGUCUCGGCAACUGUGGUCAACCUUGUCGCAGGUUUCGCUCUCUCUCUCCUUGCUGCCUUUGCCUUGUAGUGAGAUAUUGGAAAGACG